ACUCAAAACCAAAAUCAAGAAAUCAGAAACAGCAACCGUCCCAUUAAUAGCACCUUCCUCUUGAUUUUUUCAAACCCAUGCUCCCAUGCCCAUCUCGUGCUGCUUCUGUUUCUUUCUCUCAUCACUCUGAUCUCCCUCUUCUGUCCUCACCAACAAUAUUACUUAACCUCCCCCCUCUCUUUCGUAAUUUACCAUCAUUCAACACUAACAGAAUGCUGGAUACACAAAACAUUGCAGCUGCUUGUGACAGCCUCCACCAACACAUCUUUGAAAACUCUUUACCAGAAAAACCAUCUUUACUUAAUUCCUUCUCUCCAUGGAACCAAAUCAAACCUGACAAAUCCUCCUUCAUUGAAAUGUUCGGUGAACUUCAUUUCAAAGAAACUCCUUCACCCUCUUCCUCUUCCUCCACCACCACCACUUCCUCCUCCUCAGCUCCUUCCUUUCCCAUGUCAUCUUCUUCAUCUUUUCUUGAUAUAUACCCACAACCACAUCAUAAUAAUUCUGGCUAUCUCGACGAUGGGAACAAGAAGAGCCCCUCGUCACUCGAUUUAUUCUCUAACACCCCAAACAUCAAAUACACCAGUUGUCACACCAAAAGUGACAGCUUUUCAUCGAUGAAUUCUGAAAGCUUGCAGCUAUGUACAGAGGGGCUUGGUUUUGAAAGCUCUGAUGAUGUUGAGGACUUAAAGAGUGAGAUAAGUGAAGAUUGGCAGACGCAGCAGGAGAAAGUAAGUAUUGCAAAGCAUUCUCCAACUGAGAAUCUAUGCACUGAAUUCAGAAGGUCAAAAACAUGUGGUGGAGCAUUCCCUCCUCCGAUUUCUUGUAUAGGGAAGAGCGGUAAGCCUUGGGUUUGCUUCAAGUCUUACAGGCAUGAUGGCAGAUUUGUCCUUAAGGAGAUAAGGAUGCCAAGCCAAGAAUUUUUGCAUGCAUGCAGAGAAGAUGGGCGUCUAAAGCUGCAGUUUGUUCAGCCAAAUGAUGAUAUCCUGGAACUUGAAGAAGAGGAUUUCGAGGAAGAUGAAGGGUUUGAAGAUGUAGAAGUAGAUGUGGAAGAGGAAGAGGAAGAGGAAGAGGACAAUGAAAGCUUCGAUGACGUUGAAGAAGAGAAAAGGACGACCGACAACAGAAGAAAUGAAGUUGGAAAAGAUUCGCUAUAGGUAGAAAAAUUCAAGGGCAGACGUUCCUUUUCUGCUUUUCUUUCCGAAGGGAUUUGCAAAUAAGUAGACAACAGAAGAAAUGAAAUCAACUUUGCUGCUCAUAGAAUAGUCUGUCUUCCUUCUCACCACUCAGAAAAAAAAAAAAAAAAA